UAGUACUCUCCGCCUCCUCCCUAGGGUUCCCAAAAACCCUCCCCCGAAUUCGAAAUCGAAUCGCCUCCCACAUCUCUCUCUCUCGCGGAAGCUUCUGGAAGGUUCGGAGGCGGCGGCGGCGGAGGCGGCGGGGACGACGAUGGAGCCGCAGCUGACGCCGGGGGCGGUGCAGGCGAUAGCGGAGCACCCGGACGGGACGGGGACGAUCCAGCCGGUGCUGCAGGUGGUGGACGUGCGGCCCGUCACCACCAAGAACGCGCCGCCCACGCCCAAGCCCGCCGAGCGCUUCCGGAUGAUGCUCUCCGACGGCGUCAACACGCAGCAGUCCAUGCUCGCCACCGCCCUCAACCCCCUCGUCAAGGACGCCACGCUCCGCCCCGGCACCGUCGUCCAGCUCACCGACUUCAUGUGCAACACCAUCCAGGGUAAAAGGAUUAUUAUUGUUGUGAAACUUGAUGUUCUGCAAAAUGACUGCAUUGUAAUUGGGAACCCUAAACACUAUGAACCAAAGAGUCUAACUAAGGAGCAAGACCCUAACUUACAGGCCAGUGUGGCUCAAACCAAUAAUGGAACCUAUUCUGGUGGCGCAAGCAUGCUGGGCCCCUCCGUUGCGCCAAGGGCAGAGCAGGCUGCUAGCAACAGUUCAUAUGGUGGACCUUAUAAUAGUGCUCAAGGAAUGUUGGGUUCUUCUAUUGGCAGGACAGUUGAACCUGGUCCUGCAAAUGUUUCUGCUGUUGGCUCUUACGGUGCAAUAUCAGCACAGAACACAACGAAUGCCAACAUGAUGCAGCCUACAUCUCAGCUGAACAUAAUGAAUGCCAACACGAUGCAGCCUACAUCUCAGCUGAACACAAUGAAUGCCAACACGAUGCAGCCUACAUCUCAGCUGUCCUCGUUGAACCCUAAUCAAAACCAAAGGUUUGCAGCUCCUGCUUCGGGUGGAGUCUUUGGCCCUCCUGGCAAUGCUUAUGGGCAGCCUUCACGUCCUUCAUAUCAGCAGCCACCUCCAGUGUAUAUGAAUAGAGGGCCUGCCUCUAGGAAUGACUCUGCAACUCGUAUCAUCCCAAUUACCGCGUUGAAUCCAUACCAGCCUAAGUGGACAAUCAAGGCAAGGGUGACAGCAAAGUCUGAUAUCAGGCAUUGGAGCAAUGCCAGGAGUUCAGGAACAGUUUUCUCGUUUGAUCUUCUUGAUGCACAAGGUGGAGAAAUUCGUGCACAAUGCUGGAAAGAAUCGGCUGAUAAGUUUUUUGGCCAAAUUGAGGUUGGUAGGGUGUAUUUGAUAUCUAGAGGAUCACUGAAGCCCGCCCAGAAGAAGUAUAACACUUUGAACCAUGAUUAUGAAAUAACUCUGGAUAUCGGGUUAUCAACUGUCGAGGUUUGCUCUGAUGAUGAUAACAGCAUCCCCAGGCUGCAGUACAAUUUCCGGCAGAUCAGCGAACUAGAGAAUAUGGCUAACGAGACCAUUGUUGAUUUACUUGGUGUUGUUACAUCAGUUAGCCCUUCUGCAACAAUAAUGAGGAAGAUCGGCACUGAAACCCGGAAAAGGUCUAUUCAACUGAAGGACUUGUCUGGCCGGAGCAUUGAAGUAACAUUAUGGGGAAACUUCUGUGAUGCUGAGGGUCAGCAGUUGCAGUUGCAGUGUGAUUCUGGUUCGAACCCUAUAAUUGCUUUUAAAGGUGCCCGUGUGGGUGAUUUUAAUGGCAAAUCAGUGAGCACAAUUGGUUCAACCCAGUUAAUUAUAAAUCCAGACUUUCCUGAGGUGGAAAGGCUGAGGCAGUGGUACAUGACAGAAGGAAAAACUGCUCCUUGCAUUUCUUUAUCUCGAGAAAUGCUUAAUAUGGGCCGGACUGAUGCCCGCAAAACAAUUGCACAGAUCAAGGAUGAAAAUUUGGGACGAUUAGAGAAGCCAGACUGGAUCACUGUUAAGGCUGCAAUCUCCCAUGUGACUACUGAGAGUUUUUGUUAUCCAGCUUGCCCAAAGCUCUUGCCCGUCGGGAGGCAGUGUAAUAAAAAGGCAAUAAAUAAUGGUGAUGGGAUGUGGCAUUGUGACCGAUGUGAUGAGAGUUUUCAAAAUCCUGAAUAUAGGUACAUGCUUAGGUUCCAGAUCCAAGACCACACUGGUAGUACCUAUGCUAGUGCGUUCGAUGAGGCAGGUGAGCAGAUUUUUGGUCGCAAGGCAGGAGAACUUUUCUCGAUAAGAAAUGUCGACCAAGAUGAUGCACAAUUUGCAGAGAUCAUAGAAGGGGUCCGGUGGCAUCUAUAUCUAUUCAAACUGAAGGUCAAGGAAGAAACCUACAAUGAUGAGCAAAGCUUGAAAUGCACCGCUGUCAAGGUUGAAAAACUGGACCCAUCAAAAGAGAGCAACGUCCUACUUGGAGCGAUUGACAACCUUUUACUGGACCCAAAGGGGCAAAGUGAUCUUGCCCCUAAUGCUGGUUUCACCGAUCCGGUAGGCGGUCACGGUGCGCCUACAUCUAGCAAUGCCUAUGCCAUGAAUACUGGUGGCGUGAAUCAGUUUGGGCAGCAAGCGAGUAUAAGCGCCGGGAUGUCUACUCCACUAGCAGCAACACGAAACUUGCAGACAUGCAGCAUUUGUGGAGCAAAUGGGCACAGCGCCCAGAUCUGCCAUGUGGGUGCAGAUAUGGAUAUGCAGGAAACAUCAGCCGGUGGAAGCUCCAUGGGUAACUACAACUCCAUCGCUGGCAACGGCAGCUCGGAGUGUUACAAAUGUAAACAGCCCGGGCACUAUGCUAGAGACUGUCCAGGGCAGUCCACUGGUGGCUUGGAGUGUUUCAAAUGUAAACAGCCUGGGCACUUUUCUAGAGACUGUCCAGUGCAGUCUACUGGUGGCUCGGAGUGUUUCAAAUGUAAACAGCCUGGGCACUUCGCUAGAGAUUGUCCAGGGCAGUCUACUGGCGCCCAGCACCAGACAUAUGGGAAUAAUGUUGCAGCAUCAAGGGGUUACAAUAGGCAAUCCUUUGUUGGUGGCUACUGAAGUAUUUUGCAAGGGAAGAAGCAGCAGCAGCAGCAGCAUCUUGAUUUUGUUCAUCUUGGAUGGCAUCGGUGUAUCGUGUAUAGUUGUUAAACCUGCCUUAUGUUUAUGCCUUUAUUACCUCCAAUGUCCACUGGGCAGGGAACCUUGUGAUCUGGACUUUGUAUCGCUACCUUAAAAAGUAUAUUGUCCUUGUCUGCAAUCUUGUAAAUUUCAAUGCCUGCUUACUGCUUGAUCGGCAACUAUUUAUAGUUCGCCUAAAGUGCUCGCUCUGUAAUAAUAUUUGGGCUUUGCUAGUGUGCUUUCCCCCCCUUUUGGCUGGGAAUCUAGAUAAUCAGAUAAUGGCAAUUGAUCUGCUUGGUUCA